AUGGGAAGAAUUAAAAAGAAUCAUUUUACUAAAUUAUCCCUGGCUAGUUCUUGGAGACUUAAUGUUGUCUUAAGUUGUGAUGAGAAAGUUGAAGGUAGAAGUCCCAUAAAGCAAGCAAUGACAGAUUUUAGAAAUUAUUUGGAAUCUUGUGAACUUAUACAAGCAAAUAGAACUGGCAUUGAAUUUUCAUGGUGUAAUAAUAAAGUGGGGAAGAAAAGAAUUCUAUGUGAUUUAGAUAAAGCUUUUUUCAAUCUAAAAUGGUUAGAGGUAUAUGAAGGUUGGAUCUAUAGGGUGGGAGCAAGAGGAGUAUCUGAUCAUGGUCCAAUUCUGGGAAGUACAACUGCCAUUCCAAAACCAGCAAAUGUACCUUUCAUAUAUCAAAAUGUAUGGACUACACAUCCUGAAUUUCUACAGUUAAUAAAGGAGUCUUGGGAAGAAGAAUGUGAAGGUAAUCCAUCAUUUGUUUUUAUAUCUAAGUUAAAAAGAUUUAAAAAUUGUGUUAAAAUUUGGAAUUGGGAAGUGUUUGGUGACUUAAGAGUUAAAAUCAAACAAACUGAAGAGGAAGUAAUGACUGCUUCUUUAUUAUCUGAUGCUCAACCUGAGAAUAUCACUCUGCUAAACAAUCUUGUCACAGCUAGAGGGAAACAUGAAUUGGUUGCUCAACAGUAUAAUGAAUUAAUGAGAGAUAAAGCUAGAGUACAAUGGGUACAAGAUGGUGGAGCUAUUACUGCUUUUUUCUAUGCUACAAUGAAGAUUAGAAAAACUCAUAACAAUAUAGUUGAGCUGGAGGAUAGUAGUGGAAAUGUUAUUACAGAACAAAAACAGAUAGCUGAUGUUUUGGUAUCUCAUUUUCAGAAGAAAUUUGAAGCACAUCCAGUGAGUGAUUACUGA